AUGACAAACUCCAAACCGACCGGCAGACAGCUCUACGACAAGCUCGGACGUCCCAAAAAGGUGGUGGCACCAAUGGUGGACGGUUCUGAACUCGCUUGGCGGAUGAUAUCAAGAAAAUACGGCGCCGACCUAUGUUAUUCCCCCAUGCUCCAUUCUCGGCUUUUUGCAACGGACGAAAAGUACCGUGAAAAGAUGUUUGGCCCAAUGGACGGCUCUGAAGUGGACAGACCGCUGAUUGUGCAGUUCUGUGCAAACGACCCGGACUUCCUUCUUCAGGCCGCCAAGCACGUCGAGGACAGAUGCGAUGCCGUGGACCUGAACCUGGGGUGUCCUCAGGGAAUUGCGCGCAAGGGCCAUUACGGGUCCUUUCUGAUGGAGGACUGGGAUCUCAUCGCGAAACUGAUCAACACCCUGCACAGAAACCUCAAAGUCCCCGUGACAGCCAAAAUUAGGGUCUACGACGACUGGGACAAGAGUUUAGCGUACGCGCGGAUGUGUUUGGACGCUGGAGCACAGUUUCUCACUGUCCAUGGGCGCACGCGCGAGAUGAAGGGACAGAAGACCGGGUUUGCGAACUGGAAGCUCGUCAAGUACAUCAGAGACAACCUGCCUCCAGAGACCGUUUUUCUGAGCAACGGCAACAUUUUGUAUCCAGAGGACAUUGAGCGCUGCAUCAAGGAGGUUGGCUGCGACGCAGUGAUGUCUGCAGAGGGAAAUCUGUACAACCCGGGCAUUUUCUGGACGGAGACCGAGGACAUCGAGAAACAGUUCCCGCGAAUAGACCGGUUUGUGCGCGAGUAUUUUGGCGUGGUUGCUCAGUGCGAGGGCUCAGAGAGCCGCCGGUGCUUCAAGUCGCAUUUGUUCAAAUCGUUGCGCAACUUUUUGAGCAUCCACACGGACGUUCGUGCCGAGAUUGCGAAGCUGAGCCGGAACUCGUCGCUGGAGGAGUUUGAGGCGGUGGUGAAAAUGAUAGAGGACGUGGUGGCGAAGAUCUACGAGCAGGACAACAUCGGCGAGCUCGAUCAGGUGCGCGUUGGCGAGACCGAGGACUGGGGCGGCCGGUACAGAGAGGUGCCGUACUGGCGGCUGCAGCCGUAUUUCCGGCGCGUGGACGGCAAAGACGGCAGGGAGGUGAUCCAGGACAGCAUGAAACGCGUGAUGGAGAGCGGGGAGCGGGCCAAGAGGCAGAAGCUGAAUGAGAGUAGAUAG